AAAAUGGCGGCCGCGGCGAUGGACACGUGGUGGGCCUUGCUGCUCUUGUCCUUGUUGCCUGUGGCGCGGCCCUUCUAUGUUCCCGGAGUGGCUCCCCGAGACUUCCAUGAGAGUGAAACAGUAGAUAUUAAGGCUGUGAAGUUGACAAGCUCCCGAACCCAGCUUCCUUAUGAAUACUACUCCCUGCCUUUCUGUAGGCCAGAUUCUGUCUUCUACAAGGGAGAGAACCUAGGUGAGGUGUUGCGUGGGGACCGUAUUGUGAAUACUCUCUACAAUGUGGAGAUGAACAAGGACAGGAAAUGUGAGAUGGUGUGCAACAAGAAAAAGCUCAACGUAGAAGAGAGCAAGCUGGUUGCUGAGCGAAUACAGGAGGAGUAUUAUGUUCACCUUAUUGCAGAUAACCUGCCAGUUGCCACCAGAUUAGAGUUGAGUCCUUACAGAGAGGCAGGAGGAGAGGAGGAGCAGAGGAAGGACGCGGUCAAAGAUAUCCAGUUUGAACACGGCUACAGACUGGGCUUCGUCGACAACAACAAGUUCUACCUGCACAACCACUUGUCCUUCAUCCUGUACUUCCACAGGGAGAAGCUGGAGCAGGGAGAACUCCACGACUACAGGGUGGUGCGAUUCGAGGUUGUACCCCAAAGUGUAAAAGUAGAGGAUUUAAAGGCUGUGGAAAAAGACAAGACCUGCACGUUGCCUGAGGCCAGCGGCUCUGCUGCUCAGGAGAUUGAUCCCAGCAGGGAGAAUGAAGUCCUCUUCACCUACUCUGUUCACUGGGAGGAGAGCGAGGUGAAGUGGGCAUCUCGAUGGGACACUUACCUGACCAUGAGCGACGUUCAGAUUCACUGGUUCUCCAUCGUCAACUCUGUGGUGGUCGUCUUCUUCCUGUCCGGUAUCCUCAGUAUGAUCAUUAUCAGGACCUUAAGAAAGGACAUUGCUAACUACAACAGAGAGGACGACAUUGAGGACACCAUGGAGGAGUCGGGAUGGAAGAAUGUCCACGGCGAUGUCUUCAGGCCGCCUCAGUAUCCCAUGAUCCUCAGCUCCCUGCUGGGCUCAGGGAUUCAGCUCUUCUGCAUGAUCCUCAUUGUCAUCUUUGUUGCCAUGUUGGGCAUGUUGUCUCCUUCCAGCAGAGGAGCCUUGAUGACCACUUCAUGCUUCCUCUUCAUGUUCAUGGGUGUAUUUGGUGGCUACUUCGCCGGCAGACUGUACCGCACACUGAAAGGCCAUCGGUGGAAGAAAGGAGCCUUUUGUACAGCAACUCUGUAUCCUGCAGUGGUUUUCAGUAUCUGCUUCGUCCUCAACUGUUUCAUCUGGGGAGAACACUCCUCCGGGGCGGUUCCCUUCACGACAAUGCUGGCCCUGCUGUGUAUGUGGUUCGGUAUCUCCAUGCCGCUGGUCUACCUGGGCUAUUACUUCGGUUUCCGCAAACAGCCGUACGACAACCCUGUACGCACCAACCAGAUCCCUCGGCAGGUCCCCGAGCAGCGCUGGUACAUGAACAAGUUUGUAGGAAUCCUCAUGGCUGGGAUCCUGCCAUUUGGUGCCAUGUUCAUUGAGCUAUUCUUCAUUUUCAGUGCCAUCUGGGAGAAUCAGUUCUAUUACCUGUUUGGCUUCCUGUUUCUGGUCUUCAUCAUCUUGGUGGUCUCCUGCUCUCAGAUCAGCAUCGUCAUGGUUUACUUCCAGCUGUGUGCAGAGGACUACCGGUGGUGGUGGAGAACCUUCCUGGUAUCAGGAGGCUCAGCGUUCUAUGUCCUCAUUUACGCCGUCUUCUACUUUAUCAAUAAGCUGGACAUCGUGGAGUUCAUCCCCUCCCUCUUGUACUUUGGCUACACGGCUCUGAUGGUCCUCUCCUUCUGGCUGCUAACAGGCACAAUCGGUUUCUACGCCGCUUACAUGUUCAUCAGGAAAAUCUACGCCGCGGUCAAGAUCGACUGAGUCGCUGCUGUUUCUGUCGUUUUUGGGUUUUUUCGUCACGUUCUGUUUUGUUUUAUUUUUUUUAAUAUAUAUAUUUUUUAUUCUUUAUGUCCAACAAGCACUGACUUGUGUGUCGAGGGGAUAAGAGGGGUGUUUUGUACGGCGCAUCAGCCCCACCCACUGGCCUCAUGGGGAAGAACAGCAAAGGGUCUCUCUCCCCCCUCGCCUCUCUCCUUCCUCCCCCCCCUCCCUCCUCUUACCAGGACAGAGACACAGAGGGAGUUUUCCUCUGCUGGGACAGUUAAUGUCUUCUGCUGUUUGACCUUCAUUACAACACAGCGGGCCAAAGCUUGUCUAACGAUGGUUUCUGCACUUUUUUUUUUUUAGUCUUUUCAUUUGUGUUUUGAGUCUAACUUAUCCAGGUUUUCAUUUCUCGUCAUCACGAGAUUUAUCUUGGACUUAAUUUACUUUUUGAUCAUCUCUCGGGAGUUUCUUUUUUUUUUUCUCCAUCUGAUUUCCUUACAUAAAUUGUCUUUACUCUUUCCAUCGUCUCUGUUUUCAAAUGUCACAUUUCUUUCAUUACAGAGACUUUACAGAUCAGGGAAGGAUCGGGGAGUCUAACUGUGGUUAUGGUGUUCAGUUUUGUUGUGUUAACUGAUAUGGAUGAAAUUAUGCUGGGAAGCUCCACAUUGUAACACAAGAAAGGAUCAAUUAAAUUGUUCUAUUAUUUUUUACUUCAGUUUCCAUGUCCUGGUGUGACCAUGUUAACCACAACUCUAAUCAAAAUAGGACUUUUCUCCUUCCAAAACAACGGUCUCUGUUAAUGUCAAAAUAUUGCUCCAUUAGCUCUAAAUGAUCCAGAACAGCUCUGAAUAAUGAUGUGAACCCGUUGCCCUGAAGCGAUGGACUGUUGGUGAAGCUGCUGGAGCUGGAGAGAAGGAGAAGCUCCACACAGUCAGCACAGAAAUGACAAUGUAUUAGAAACUCUACAACACAACAAGUGUGUGUCUGUGUGUGUGUGUCAGAAGCUUUUCCAGCAGUAAAUGAUUCUGUUUAUUAACCAUGCCGUCAGUGUAGCCUUAGCAGUGCUGUGAACGCCUGCUGAACUAUGCAGUUAAUGGAAAGAUGUGCAACGUAACGGUUUGUGAAGGUUCAUAUCAAAAAGGACCAUUUUCGGUUGUUUCUUUUGAAAGUUUGAAACUAAUGUAUGAAACCUUUUUUUGUGUACAGUAUGACAAAUAAUUUCUGAAAGCCAGCAAGCUCACCUCUACAUGUGUCUACCGGUGGUGGUGGUGGUGGUGGUAGAUGUCAUCUUUGAUAGCGCUUGGGUCUCAAAGGAUGCAGAGCAUUAAAAUGUAAUCCACAGUGUUCUUAUUCGAUCGGUACAGCCCAUAUUGUGUAGACUGAUAUCCAUAUUCUCACAUUACAGGUUUUUUUCAGUUGAAUUACUUUUUUUUUUUUUUUUUUUGGUAUUUCAUUACAUUUAUCAGCUGGAUGUUGGAACGUUCAGUAUGUACAUGUGUGGACAUUUUUGUAAAUGCAUUUAGAACAUGGCUGGAGCCUGAUAUAUAAUUGUGGCUUGACAAGCAGCUUGAGUUAAAGGUGCAGUGUGUAGAAUUUAGCGGCAUCUAGCUAAACAGGCUUGGCAAAAAAUGGUACAUAAGUAUGUUUUAAUUAGUGUAUAAUCACCUGAAAAUAAGACUCCUUGUGUUUUUGUUACCUUAGAUUGAGCCCUUUAUAUCUACAUAGAGAGCGGGUCCUCUUCUACAGAGGCGGCCAUGUUGCACCGCCAUGUUUCUACAGUAGCCCGGAACGAACAAACCAAACACUGGCUCUAAAAAUGUUUGUUGUCGUUUUCUGGGCGACUAGGUUCUCCUACAUUCUUAAAUGAGUUGAGGAAGGGGUAUUUAUGUGGUUGCAAUCUUCAACCUCACCACUAGAUGCCACUAAAUCCUACACACUGAUCCUUUAAGGGCUUUUUUUUAAAAAGACAAGCAGUGUGAACUCCACAAUAUGUAUUCAUCAAAAUACAUCGUAAUCAUGACGUUAAAGGAAUAGAUUGACAUUUUUGGGACAUGCAUACAUGCAUCCUUGCUCAGAGUUAAGACUUCUUGAUCGAUAUCACUCAUGUCUGUAUGCUAAAUAUGAAGCUACCACCAGCAUGAAGACAACAGCUAGCCUAGCUAACACAAUCUCCCUACAAGCACCUUUAAAACUCGCUAAUCAACACGCAUCUUGUUUGCUGAAAAAACAAUGACGUGGUUUUACGGCUGGUUAUUUUAGCAACCUUCUUGAUUCUUGUCUAAGAAGCAGUCAGGCACAAUGAAACAACGUACCGUUUUUCUUUUUCUACCAAUUCUACUAAAGCAAACAAGAUAUAAGGUGUUCAGUAAUGAGCUCUAGAGAUGCUCAUGGGAGUAAUGUAUUACCCUUUUCUACAGCCAGGCUAGCAAUAGCUUCAUAUGAAGCAUACAGACAUGUAUUUCCCAAAAUGCCAAACUAUUCCUUGAAAUAAGUUGCCAUAAAAAGCCAAAACCUGCUGUACAUUCACAUAGUCCUCAGUCUUUGCUGCUGUUGGAUAUCUGUAUUGGCAGUACAAUAUCAAAUAAUGGCAUUAUAGUAUACAGUGGACGUUAGGACCUCAGAUUGAAAGUCCUUAUAUAAAGACAAUGUUCUAAGCAGUGAGUUCUAGCAAGCAGCACAGACCUGAAAAGACACAUUUCAUCAAGUAUGACAAAGCUGCUCUUGUCAUAUGAUUAAAGGAGCUUUUUGAACCACAUGACUAAACCCACACAGCGUUUAAAGCGCGCUCUCUGUUUUUCGGAGUGGCAUUCAUCGCAGGCUUUAUGGUUACCAUCAAACUGAUUUUUUUUUUUUUUCAUGAAGGAUUGAGGUGCUUUACUCCCAUCAGUCUUUUAGCGGGCGACAUUUUUGUUUUGUUUGCACAGAAGUAAAGCAGGGCUGCGUAGAGAGGGGACCUACAGUACAGUAGAAGAACCCUGAUUCUCCAGGGGCAAAAAUGAUUGAUUGUGUGACUUAUCCUCCCACUUCUUCAUCAUGGCUCGCCUCAUAAUCAAACCUUAAUUAAGCUGUUAAUAAUCUGCUUUGAGAGAGCAAGACAAGCAAAAAAAACACAUUUCUCCUGCCACCAAAACUAGACAAACUGCUUGAGAAUUUCCCCUCAAUUCAAAUGAGCGUCUUCAUGUACUGACCAUUACUCAGAUACUUUACUGUCUCCUGUUUUACCCUCUGCCCCCCCCUCCCCCCCAUCUGUAUUACAUUAAAGAGUUACUGAGCCCUGACGCAUGUGACGACAGAGCGACACUCUUCUCCUGCUGUUAAAAUGCACACAUGCCAGGGGGGGAUUUUUUUUUACAGAUAAGACUUUUAAGUGGCCCCAAGUCAUGCGUGCGUAUGUAUGAAUGAAUGAGAGGUUUACAAAUGUACAUAAAGAGAAAAACAGCUUUGUAUCGUUGCGUUUCGCUGUUUGUGGCGCUCUCUCUCUCUGUAAUGAUUCCCGUCAUCGUUUUAGCCAAAAGCAUGAUGCUCAUGAUGACUUUGAAAAGGAGCUUGUUUUCUGUUACUUUUCUUCUUCUUUGUUUCUUUUACAAGAUGUCCAAUUACAAAAUGUACCAUAACAAAAUAAUAAAGUGAUGGCAAGUUGAAUAUGAAAAAAUUUGA